UGGAUGGCUUUAGUUCAUAUCGCCCCCUACUGUCCGGGAAACCACAAAGACGUUUGACAAGCAAUCUGUAUCUAAUUUACAAUAUUAGCCAAACGUGCAAAAACUCAAAAGACUAAAUUAGGGCAUAUCUUGAAGAACCACAGAUUUCAAGGGCAGCUGAUCCACUGAGCUGGUGGAAAUACCGAGCUUCCGUCUACCCCCGUUUCAUCAAAGUAAUGGAGAGUAUGCAUCGUAGCAACAUCUGUCCCGUCAGAGAGGGUGUUCUCAAAGACUGGACAAAUUGAAGUCUUCCAAUUUGAAGUACUGUAUUAAGUUUUGUUGACUGCAAAUUUAAAAGAAAGCAAGGAGUAGCUUAUGUUUGUUUUGUUCACUGCUGCUGUUGCAGUUAAUACUCACUAUUUUUGUUAUGAUGCAGCAUGUUUGAUUGUUGUCGGUUGAAGUUGAAUUUUGUUGCUUGUUUAUUGUUUGGAGCCUUUUUAAUGUUCAAUAAAAUAAGUAAAAAGCCAUUUCUUUGCUUGAUAAUUGUUGCUAUUUGCAAUCAGUAGAGUGCAAUAUUUAGUUCAAGUCAUUUAUCAAAAUGUAUGCUAAAUUUGUCAUAAAUAUUUAAAAGAAAAGCUAAAGUUAAAAGAGCCGUUUGAGAGCCAAAAAGAGCCGGCUCUUUUCACUGAGCCAAUCCAAAUGAACCGGAUCACCGAAAAUCCCAUCACUCGUUGGCGUUCAACAAGAAAGUAAACAAGCACCGCCGCUUUUAAGGCGACUGAAAAGAACGUGCAGCUACUGCGCUUAGCGGUCAUGACCAUGGACGUGACUUUUUUGGGGACGGGCUCGGCCUACCCGUCCCUUCACCGCGGCGCCUCAGCUCUGGUGCUCCGCAGCGAGGGCGACUGUUGGUUGUUUGACUGCGGGGAAGGGACGCAGACUCAGUUGAUGAAGAGCCACAUACGAGCCGGUCGCAUCAGCAAGGUGUUCAUCUCUCACCUUCACGGCGACCAUCUGUUCGGUCUUCCGGGCCUCCUCUGUACUAUCAGUCUCAACUUGACCUCCGACCCCCAGCCUGGCGUCAAAUGUGUGGACGUGUUCGGGCCCCGCGGCCUUCGCCAUUUCUUGCGGGUGACGCUGGGCCUGACCGGCUCGCAGCUGCUCUUCCCUUACGCCGUUCAUGAACUGGAGCCCACACAAGACCAAAGUCCAGAGGAGGGUCAGCUCAGUCUUGAGAUGACCACAGAGCGCGGUCCGCCACUCCCUCAGGAGCUUCCUGGCAGAAAUAUCUCAUUGGAUGUCUUGUCCGACACUUACUUGCUGUUUGAAGAUGACAAGUUUGUGGUGAAAGCCUUCAGGUUGUUCCACCGUGUUCCCUCUCUUGGAUUCUGCGUACACGAACGCGACCGACCUGGAAGGCUCAAGACAGAACGACUCCAACAACUCGGUCUGAAACCAGGUCCUCUGUAUGGACGCCUCAAAGCGGGUCACCAGGUCCAACUGGAAAACGGGCGAGUCAUUUUACCUGGUGAGGUUGUGGAAGAGAACAUCCCCGGGAGGAAGGUUUGCAUCAUGGGGGACUGCAGCUCGGUACUGGGCGGCGGUCUCGCCAUCUGCCAGGGGGCCGACCUGCUGGUCCACGAGGCCACCCUGGGGGAAGCGCAUAGGGACAAGGCGGUGGAGCACGGGCACAGUACGCCCGGGAUGGCGGCGACGUUGGCGCGAGCCUGCGGGGCUCGGAGAUUGGUCUUGUAUCAUUUCAGCCAAAGGUACAAACCUGAAAAACUGCGCGGCGACGGAGACGACGACGUCUCAGAGCUCCGACUUCAGGCCGAAGAAGUUCUGCGCGACGGCGAUGUGGAAGUCAUUCUGGCCGAGGACUUUCUCACAAUCGACAUUCCUCUUCGCCGAACUAAAUCGUCGCCGUGAGAACGAUUCCAAUUUCGAAAGGCACGAGCGGCUGAUUUGAUGAGGAAGGCAAACGUGUUCUUCAAGAAUAAAGCUGACUUCUGAUUGACAUUUUCAGAAAGUCACUCGAACAAAAA